UAUUCACAGCUGAUUCUUCUUAAUAAAUCUCACCCAUGUAAGUAUAAAUACGAGAGCGAGAGUAAAGUCGGUGGUGGUGAUACUGAUAUCAAUGCACUCAAACUGAUAUUCUUGCAGAUUUGGAAGGUGCCCAUUUGAGAAUUUGGCAAAAUGGGUGGUGGGAUCCCUCUGCGCUCGGCUUUCGAUUCCAAAUCUGGCCGACUCAUUAUGCUCUUACUCUUAGUCAUGCUUGCCUCCUUCUAUGCCGGUACCCUCUUUGGAAAUCAAGCUCCCAUUUACGUUUCUCAGCUCGCCUCCGACAAUUCUUCGUCUAUUGUUUUUGAAGGAGCAGGUAAUUCAUCGUUUACAAAUCAAGUUGCGCUUUCAUACCGAAAAACGCCAAUUGAGAUACCUGAACGUGGUUUGGAUGUAUGCCCAUUGACAUUUAACGAGUAUAUCCCCUGUCAUAAUGUUACUUAUGUGAAGCAGUUGCAAAACUUAGAUCUUUCCAGAAGAGAGGAACUUGAAAGGCACUGUCCCCCACUUGAAAAAAGACUGUUUUGCUUAGUUCCGCCACCAGAGGAUUAUAAGAUUCCAAUUAGAUGGCCAACCAGUAGGGAUUAUGUGUGGCGAAGCAAUGUGAAUCAUACACAUCUGGCUGAAGUCAAAGGGGGGCAAAAUUGGGUGCAUGACAUGGGUCAAGUGUGGUGGUUUCCUGGUGGUGGUACCCAUUUCAAACAUGGUGCACCUGAAUACAUCCAGAGGCUGGGAGAUAUGAUAACAAAUGAGACAGGUAAUCUACGCUCUGCAGGGGUGGUUCAAGUUUUGGAUGUGGGCUGUGGUGUUGCUAGCUUUUCAGCUUAUCUUCUUCCCUUGGAUAUACAGACAAUGUCCUUUGCUCCUAAAGAUGGUCAUGAGAAUCAAAUUCAGUUUGCUUUAGAGCGAGGAAUUAGUGCAAUGAUUUCUGCUAUAGCCACAAAACAACUUCCAUAUCCCUCUAGUUCUUUUGAGAUGGUACACUGUUCAAGGUGCCGCGUGGAUUGGCAUGAGAAUGAUGGCAUACUACUAAAAGAAGUGAACCGCCUUUUGCGGACUAAUGGGUACUUUGUCUAUUCUGCUCCACCUGCUUAUCGGAAGGAUAAAAACUAUCCAAUGAUUUGGGAGAAAUUGGUUAACAUAACCUCUGCAAUGUGCUGGAAACUCAUAGCUCAAAAAGUUCAGACAGCUAUCUGGAAAAAGGUUGAUGAUCAAUCAUGUCUCCUGCGUAAUGCUGAUGAGGGCAUUUUAGAUAUAUGUGAUUCUGUAGAUGACUCUACUGCAUCAUGGAAUACACCGCUCAGAAAUUGUGUUCAAGUCAGGGGUGCACAAACACAUCCUCAAGAACUUCCUUCAAGACCAGAGCGUCUAUCUGUGUACUCAGAAAGUCUUAGCAGAAUAGGUAUUGGUCAGGAAGAAUUUGCUUCAGAUACUGCCUUUUGGCAAGAUCAAAUCGGUCACUACUGGAGGCUUCUGAAUGUCAACGAGACUGAAGUGCGAAAUGUCAUGGAUAUGAAUGCUUUCUGUGGUGGAUUUGCCGUAGCAUUGAGUGAAUCACCUGUUUGGGUGAUGAAUAUAGUUCCUGCUAGCAUGAGGAAUACUUUGUCAGCCAUUUAUGACCGUGGUCUGGUUGGUGCUUUUCAUGAUUGGUGUGAACCGUUCUCAACUUAUCCUCGCACAUAUGAUCUGUUGCAUGCCAACCAUCUUUUCUCUCACUAUAAGAACCGUGGGAAAGGUUGCAUGCUUGAAGAUAUCAUGCUGGAGAUGGAUCGUAUAGCACGACCUCAGGGACUUAUGAUCAUUCGAGACGAAGAGGCCAUUACCUCAAGAAUUCAAGCUCUGGCUCCAAAAUUUCUGUGGGAUGUUGAAUCCCAUGUCCUGGAAAAUCAAGAAAAGAAGAAAGAAACUGUGUUAAUCUGUCGAAAGAAAUUCUGGGCAAUAGUCUGAGGUCAUCUAGGCUAGAUAAAAAGAGCUUAAAUUUUUCUUCUGCCCAUGUAAGUUGCUUACUGUAUCUCCUUGUAUUAGUUGAAAUUGUAGGAUGAAGUGAGGUAAAUGUUUCUUACUUAUAUUCAUUACUGAAAUCUUAUGUAAAUUUGUAGAGUACUUGGCAUUUUGUGUUCACAUCAUGUGAGGAAUACCAAUGUGAUUCCUUCCUAAUUCCUUCAAGUCUAGUAGGAGACAGAUUGGUUUCAAUAACCUAAAUUUCCAAGUUUGACAUUGAGAAAGAUGAUAUAGAUGAAAAUCAAUGUCUCACAGGUAUUAAUAUAUAUAUUUUUUUA